CAAGACCAAGGGAGCUCUCAACCCUCCUCCUCCAUUGUUGAAGGGAGUUCUUCAAGGAAGAAUCCCAAGGAAAAGAGCUAAGGUGCUAAAAGUGUGGAAGGAUUAAGGAACUUGAUUUAGAGUAUCUUUGAGCUUCACCGGAGUUUCGCCGGAGUUGGUCAAAGUUGGCCGGAGUUGGUCAAAGUUCACCGGAAUUAGUCAAAGUUCAACCGCGGAGCGUAGAACACGCUUAAGCUCACUUAAGUUUCAGGUAGGGAGUAGAGCUUGCUACUACCGCUCGUUGCUUCGGGGAAUUCAAGGAGGAAGGCGGGAAAUGGAACGUACCGGUAGAAUUACUCGACGGAACCCGACUGGCCAGGCACUGGGAGGAUCCCAACGUGGCAGUCGGGGGGGAUCAAGAGAGUCUAGGGGACAGGGCCGUGCAGGCCACUCGCUGACCGUGAGUGACGGUCACGUGGAAACAAUAGAUGAACACUAUGAGUCCGAGGAGGAUUCAACUUACCAACCGGGAACUGAGCCGGUUGAGACCCCAUAUGAUGGGGAACACGACGAUGCUAGUGAUGAGAGUGAUGAUAAUAACGCUCUUGAACGGAUUGAGGAAUUGCUCCGGCAAUACCAACAAGAUCGCCAAAGGCGCCGGGCAAGGCGUGCUUUGGAAGGGGCUUCGAGGAGAGGAAGCCGCGCGACUCCUAGGGAGAGCAUUGAACUCCGAGGAGGUCGAGGUGCUGAGGUUCCUAUCAUAAGAAUCUCAAAGUACCUAAAGGAGGCGAGA